AUGGCUUUGAUCUCUGAAACUUUCGACAACGGUUCUAACGGCGGCGAUCCAAACAAGAAACCCGAAGAGCUCCACAAGAACCCGCAAGAAGAAGAAGAGAAUAAAAACGAUAAACCGAUUAAAGAAGAAGAAGAAGAAGUAGAGAAUCUUCUUCCCGUGUUUACUCGAUACAUCCCAGAAGAUAUCGCCGAAAGCAUCCUCUUACUCGUCCCGAGAUGUCAUUACCCGAAGCUAUCUCUCUUCUGCAGAUCCUUUCAUAACGUCAUCUCUUCGCCGGGACUCUACCAAAGGCGCUUACAACUCGGCCUCACCGAACCGGUUCUUUAUGCUUUGAUUAGGUUCCCUCUUGCUAGUUUCAACCCGAGCUGGUUCAUUCUCAACCAUGACGUUCCAAGAAAUAUCUCUUUACGAUUAAGCGAAAUCAGUUCAGCUCCUCCUAUGAGCCCAAUGAAGCCUGAAUCUGCUGUGGUUACAAUCGGAUACAAUAUGUAUGUGAUCGGUGGAUGCGAUGAACCAGAUCAGCCCACAUCGAACGUGUUUGUCAUCGAUUGCAGAUUCCAUAGAUGUAGCUCGCUCCCGGGAAUGCAGAGGGCUCGCAGAUCCGCAGCCGCUGGAGUUAUCGACAAAAAGAUUUACGUGAUCGGAGGUUGCGAGCAGAUAGAUGAUAAUUGGAUCGAGGUGUUCGACGUAGAGACUGGGAUUUGGAGUAGUGUUGCUGGUCCAUACGAGUACAACUCUAGUAUGGUAGGAGGAGGGUUUAUGACAUCUGUGGUGAUGCAAGAAAAGAUUUACAUGUUGGAUCCUGAGUGUUGUUUGACUUAUGAACCAAGACAAGGUACAUGGCAGUCAUGGGGGUUCGGAAGUGAAUUGAAGAGAAGCUGGCACCAGUCGUCUUGUGUGGUUGAGGAUUUUUUGUGUAGUAUUAAUAGUUGCAUUGCUUCCAUAUAUCUAUACCUAUCGGUAUAUGAUCCGAAUGACAUGUUUUGGAGAGGUCUCGCUCUGAACAACGGUGUUUCUGGUUUGCCUAGCCUCAAUUAUAAUGGAUGUAAAUUGGCCAAUGUUAGUGGGAAGUUGGUGAUUUUAAACAAUACUGGCAACGAUGUUUGGUGCAUAGAGAUUGCCUUAGAAAGAUCCACAAGGACCACAUGGGACGGUCAUAUCGAGAUCGAUGGACGAGUCGUAUCAAGAUCGCAAGUGCUUACAUCCAUGAACUCACCUUUCGUUGAUCUUGCUCACUUUGUUACGUUUUGA